AUGAAGAGAUGGGAGUCGGCGUGCGAGGAAUUAUGGCUCUCUAUAGACUUAGGACUUAACAACAAAGCUAGAAUAAAUAUUUGCGCUGCGUAUAUUCCCCCACCAAUUUCAAAAGAUUACUUACAAACUUUUCACAAUAAUCUCACGGAUGUCGUCGGCAAUAAAAUAUUAAACGGCUCAUUUACCCUGUUGGUAGGUGAUUUCAAUCUUCCUAAUAUAGUCUGGGAGACUAUAGGCGAUCCAAAUGUAUACACCCCAAAGCCAAAUAACGGGACUAUCGAAAACAUGUUCAUAGACGAAAUUACGUUCAAUAAUCUUAAACAAUGUAAUUGUAUCUUAAACGAUAAUUGUCGUAUUUUGAACUUGGUGCUUGUGGAUAAUACUUAUAACGUGAAGGUGGUCGAAGCUUCGCUGCCCUUGGUUGGAUUGGAUUCUCAUCAUCCUGCCCUCGAAAUACUAAUUCACAGCCUGGGGAAUAUAAAACCAUGCAGGUCCAAACGUGUAGCAUCACCAAACUAUUCCAAGUGCGACUUUGACGCUAUCAACGAAGUACUCACGCAUAUAGUGUGGUCCGAAGUGUGGUCUGAGCUUUAUGACUAG